AUGUUAUGUUUUUGUGUUGUUUAUUAUUUGAACCGACGUAUUCCCCUGAAUAAUAUGAUAUAAAUAUUUUCUAGCUUCAAUAAAAUAUGGUAACUAGAAUCGAUAUGCAAACUAAUUCAAAAGUUUAUACAGCGGACGAUGAGAGUGAGAGAAGGCUAAAUCUGAAGUGGCUUUCAUACCAACAGCAUAUGGGAUGUUCUAUAAAUGAUUUGUACAGGUAGUGUGGAAAAUUCUCCGAUGUAACACUCUGUGCUCGGCAAGGUUCUGCAAUGCAAUUGCUAAAUGCACACAGAUUCGUGUUGGCAAACUCUAGCGCGUAUUUUUCAGAUAUCUUCGAUAAGCUUCCAUCAUCUGGCAAUUACUUGAUUGUACUUCCACUGGAGGUCACAGCAAACACAAUGAAAUAUCUUCUGAAUUACAUGUAUACUGGUGAGACUGAUGUUAAAGAGAUCAUGCUUCCUGAUUUAUUUAAAGCUGGAAAGAUAUUGGGAAUUAGAGGGCUUUCCUCAAGCAGAAAUCGAAAACCGAAACAGUGCCCUAUAGUUACUACAGCAUCUGUUAAAAUUCGUACUCCAGACGCCAUAAAUGCACCAACUUUUGAAACAACUCGUGAUGCAGCAAACGGAACAGCAGUUGAAAAACGGAAAUCGAUUCCUGUUCAAGCAAGAGACCCCGUAAUCAGCAGAAUGACAAAUUCACUUGCACAUACGAGUACACUACCGCAGAAGCGCAAUCGUUCCGCGCGAACCGGAUGGGACUUAGUGCACUCGAGUGAACCUAUUGAUUCCGUGACCCCAGCUCGCCGCUCCACCGGGGAUUCUACCAGCCCUAUGGUUUUAAAUGCAGGACUUUCUGAAGAUCCUCUGGCAGUGGAUUUUCCAGAUGAUGCUUCUUCUCAAUUAGAAGUAAUUGAGGUGAAAAAUGAAGUACUUUCUGAAGAAGAGAGCCACGAAGAAGACAGUUUGCAUCAGCCGAAGAUGUUAUCAAUCAGCAAGGGUGGUGAUAUCGUAUCGGUUUACUGCUGUCGGGUGUGUUCGAGGUUCUUUUUCGCCAACGAUGAAUGGAAGCGCCAUAUGCAGGAUGCUCACAGGAAGACGAAGCCUGCGUCAAAAAAACGGAAGCAAGAUGAGACAACGUCUACUUUAAUAUGUGGUGUUUGCAAUUUAUCAUUUAAAUCAACGCAUACUUGGAUGGAGCAUGUUCGGAACCGACAUAAACUGUAAGAACAUGUAAUUGUAUUGUUGUGUAAACCAGAAUGAAUAAUUAAAACAA